AUGAGUCAGUCUGACGCGGUUCAGCGGCUGCAGAUUCGGUUCGCCGCCGAAGGUCCACUCAAAUACGUGUCGCACCUGGAUCUCAUGCGUGUCUGGGAGCGGGUUUGCAAGCGCGCAGGCCUGCCCCUUGCAACAUCGCACGGAUUCUCGCCGCGACCCAAGAUUGCGCUGGCCGCCCCGCUGGCCGUCGGCGCGACCUCCGAGGCUGAGAUCCUGGAUGUCCUCCUGACUGAACGUGUGGAACUGGAAUCGACGAUGCGGAAACUCUCAGCCCAGCUGACGCCCGGACUGAGAGUCCUUGAGAUUCACGAAGGCCUGCUGAAGCAGUCGUCGCUGCAAUCGAUGCUGCGGGCCGCCUGUUACGAGGUGGAGAUUUCUGACCCUCGCUCCGCGCAGGAUUGGCAACGCGCGGUUGAUGAACUUCUCGCGCGAGACGAGAUUCCCUGGAGUCAACAGCGUGGCAAGGAGACCAAGUCGUACGAUCUGCGGCCGCUCAUCCUUGAGAUUGAGGUUCGCAACGUCUUGGACGGCGUGGCAACGCUGUGGAUGCGGCUGCGCAACGACGAGCGCGGAGCCGGACGGCCCGAGCAGGUCGCCAUCGCCCUCGGCGCCUCGGAGGAGCCGACGAUGAUUCACCGUACCGCGAUCGAGUUGGACGGCGAGCUUGCUGCAAAAGCUGUGACGGCAUGA